AAGCACCACGUUCCCUUUCCCCGUCAUGAACCGACCCCGACCGAGCGUUCUCGAGCUGUUCGACCCUCUCACUGGGGAGGAUUUGCCUGAAUUUGACGAGGGAGCGUCAUUUCUUACUACAGGUAUCCUUCCGAGAUCGACCUUGAACGACUUGAAUCCUGUACGUUUAACUCGGCGGCUCGUCGAAGUCGGAGACGUCACGAUGGACUUGGACGGGGCAUCAUAUUCACUGGGUGUUGAAGAGAGAGAAGACGAGGGUGUAGGGCGCGAUGAUGAGGAUGGCGAGUGGGAGUCCGAGCCGAACAUUUCUCAGCCACAUGCACCUUCCGUCGACUCAAUUCUUGACGAUGUGGAACGCACCCCGAUGUGUACGAGGACGUAUAGAGGGGAACAGGACACUCCAAGUGGCCACCAAGGACCUGCACCUCCGACAAACAAGUAUCCGGCGCCACUUCUCGGAUCUAGUGGCAUUCCAAGCAGUCCGACCCCGCCGCCUCCGACUCUGGUCGUCUCCUCUCUGGAUGACGGGAUCUCGGAGCAAGGCAAUGACUCAGGGUCUAGCGAGGAGGAUACUACGCCCCAUGCCUCGCUCAUAUCGAUCCCACUCGUCACGCCUACCGGGAGCCUGAUCGCAGACACCAGCGUUGUAUUGCCCACCCUUCGGAGCCGUCACCUCGCCCUCAUGCGCUGCCUCCGCAAGCACACACGCCGAGCUCAGGUAACCUAUCGACCUCUGCUGUUGACAUGCACGCGUCUUUCGCUCUGAACCUCAGAAUGGGGUUAGACGAUAGCUUUGACCUAUUGAAUGACAAGAUCUCGUUCUUAGAUCAGGGGGUAGAAGAGAGUUUUGAAUUGGAUGGAAUGAUGCCUCCGCAUAAUGGGGACAUCCCAGUUGAAGUACCGACUGCAGGUCUGGUCGACAUCAGUCUUGUGCACGGCGAUGACGAUGUCGCUGAAGAUGUUCCUGUCGUUCCUGUCGAAGUGCCUCCUCCCGUCGUCACAACAGCACCAUCUCCUCAUCUAUCCACCCCCCCUGCCCCAGUCUUCGUAGCCCCAGCUCCCCAGAAAGCCACACCUCCCCAGGCCUCAAUGAAUACUCUCCCUGCACCUCCGGCACUGAUUCCAGCUUUGAAGAUAAUCAAGAGGAAACGGCCGGAGCCUACGGUCGCUGCUGUGCGGAAACCAUCUGCGGAGGCCGUCACCGCACCCGUCCGGACUAUCUCUACUCGCACGCCUUCCCCCGUUCCCCCCACUACCGCGGGACCAUCUACAGGACAGAUUAUUGCAGAGGGACCAGGACCGAGGAGAGUCCCUGUGCAGUCCAACGACAGAGGACGCGCGACUACAGUGGUUCCAAACCCUGCAAUAGCUACCGGGAACAGGAAUAUCACAGGACCGAAGAGAGUCGCUCUUCCAGUUGUUGAUGAACCAGCUCCGACAAAAAAGAUGGUGUCCGCCGCACCAGUGCUUAAGCGCCCUUUGCGACAAGUUCCGCCUAACGCGCCCACUGUCUCUUCACUUCCUCGACCCACUGGGACGUCUGGCAUUCCGACCAUGAGCCGCUUGCCGAUGCCCAAGUCGAGAAUUAUGGCACCAGGUAAAAAUACCACUACAAGCAGUAUACGGCGCAAAGUAACUUGAAUUACAAUGCUGUCGCGUCGUAACUUACUUUCCAGCAUGGGUUCUUCUCAUAGAUAUCACUCACUCGCACAUAGCAUGUAAAUCGCAGAAUUCAUACACAUCCAAAAACACAUCGUCUUGUGGCCACUCCGAUCGAACUUGGUAGAAUCGCAGUGCAACCUUGAUAUCAUUUGGUGUGGAAAAGCUACCCAUCCACCCUUCGGACUGCCCUUGCGACGCAGAGCUUGGCUCCGGUCUUAACGCUAUGAUGUCACCACUAUGUAGUUGACAUGGGAACAACCUUGCCUUGUAAAAAUCCAAGGCACGACAACCACGUUUCUUUCACAAUCUUCCCGCCUUGACCCUCAGUGCCCUCCCUAAUCUGCUGCGAGAGGCAUCUGGGACGAUGUUCACGCAAAAGUCACGCCCGUCGCCAUCUAACGGGCACGGCAGCUAUAACAGUGCGCAAUCGGUGUGUUCCUGUCAAUGGGCUUUACUGCCGCAUUUGUCUCCCCCCGUCCUUUCGAUCCGAGUAGUACUGCCGAUUCGAUAUUAUGCCGCUCCGCUCUACCACAGUUGCUAGCGUUACCCCAUAAAAUACAAGUCCCUAUCAUUUCGCCCCCGCCUUUCUUUGUCUCUCGUCGUUGUGCGCGCCCUUGCUCAUUGAGUUCUUUGUGCGAUGCAGGAAACCGCCGGGACAUCGAUGGUCGAAACGCACUUCUCAGGGCACAGCACGAAGACGUUGCCGGGGACUGUGGGACGACACGACGGACACGCAGAUGGGCAUCUGAACUGCGUAGCAAUACGUCACGGAUGGACACGCACGUUCUCGAUAUCCCCGGAGGAGCUGGCCGUGCUCGACUACGAGUCCCUCGAACGCAUCCUCGAGGUCAACACGCUGCGGCUCCGCCCCGUGGGCGUGCGCAUCUUCAUCGAGCAACCGGCGGACUCGGGCUCGUGGUCGAAAGUGCGCCCAUGGAAACACGACACUUCUCUGCAGACGAUCCUCGUGCAGAAGCACUUCGCGCACCGCAUGUCGGCUGGGGUCAUCACGCGGUUUGAUGUGCGCGACGGAAGCGACCGGAAAGACGAGUCGGAUAGCCUCAGUUUGAGGUCUGUGGGGAGCCGAAUUGUACAUGGGAUCCACCACCGAGGGGAAACAUCAUCCUCUACCGCGGGUACUGCAACUGCAACUUCAACCGGCCGUCGCCAGAGCUGGUUUGGGGGACUCAUCCGUCGACCUCCAGCCCCAGCCAAGGGAAAGAAGAAGCAGCUUCCUGUUGCUCCGACAGAGGACGAGGAGGAGGACGAUGAGGUCGAGUCGGUAGCAGAGCGUGCAGCACCAAAGCAGCAGCGACCGACGUCCAUCUUCGGCUAUCUCAACCCGCUCUCGCUGUUCAGCGUCGCGAAGCAAACCAUCGUCGAGUCCGUGCAUGAGGGCGAGACGCUCAUGUCCCCGAACGAAGCACGAGAAGCUGAGGUCGAGAAUCUGCGCAAACGGGGAUGGAUCCCGCCUGGUCUCAAGCAGCGCCAAAAGUCGCUUCGCGAUCGGCUGCGGGCAUCAGAGGGAAACAAUCCGUUCCUCGGCGGGUCGCGGGUCUACCUGCGCGCGGGGAAGAAGAGCAGCACGAGCACGACGGAAGUGGAGAAUCCGUUCACGGAUCAGGACGCGUCGGAGCUGACCCCGCAAGAAGUGGAUGAAUUCUUCGAAAUUGACCGGACGAGCUCGAUCAUGGAGAUGAACAACCAACCGGCAAAUGUCACCCCGACAAAAGACAAGUCGUGGCCUCGCUUCAAGGGCAAAAAGAAAAAUAAGCCCAAGAAAGGCGAUCUCGGCGGCGCCAAUGUGAUUGGGCAGCCAGAAGACGCCUUUCCCGAUUCCCCUUUCCACUCGUCCAAAGUGUCGGUUGCGACGAGUGCACACACUCAGAGGACGAUGCCGGACGAAGAAUAGACGUGCUUGUUGUUGAUGAUGA